AUGGGUUCCAGAUAUCAGUGGUCAACAACCCUUCACAUGAUUAUCUUCCUACAGAUAAUUCAUUCAGUCACAGGCCAGUAUAAAAUCAUCCCUCCUGACAAGCCUGUCAUUGGAGUCAUUGGGAAAGGAGUCAUCCUGCCCUGUCAGCUGAAAGUUAAGAUAAUCCCUGAGAGACUUUCCAUUCAAUGGGUAUUUACUGGAAACUCAAAACAAAUUGAUGUGACCAGUUAUGCUGGAAAAAACACAUACAAUCCAGUUUAUGAGGACGAGACGUACCAGGGCAGGACCAAUUUUUUUCAGUCUGAAUUUAAUGAGGGAAACUUGUCUCUUCACCUGAAAAAUGUCAUGCUCUCGGACAAAGGGAAAUACACCUGCAGUGUCUUUUUUGAGAAUUGGUAUGAUGCAGUGGUGGUUGACCUGGAUGUGGCAGCUAAAGGUGAUGAGUCUCCAGUUUUCCUGGAUGGUCACAUGGGCCAGGGCAUCCGCCUCACCUGCAAGUCACAGGGAUGGUUUCCAGAGCCCAAAGUAGUUUGGCUGAACAGCAAAGGACAGACACGGAAGGAGAAAGUGACCACCCAAAGCACGAAGACUUCUUCAGGUGUUUUUGAUGUUGUAAGUUCCAUGAAUCUCGAACCAGGAUUGGACAAGGAAGUCUCCUGCAGAGUAGUCAAUAAUCUACUCAAUGCAAUGUGUGAAUCCCGAGUCCUGAUUUCAGAUGUCUUCUUUCCUUCCACUUCACCUUGGAUGACGGCAUUCCUUGUAACUUUAUUUCUUAAUACAGCUGUUAUUGCUGCUACAGGUUAUAAGCUAACCAAGCUACUCAAAGCUGAGCUGGAUUUCUGGGAAGCCCGGAGCCACGCAGUUCCCAUUACUGUGAAUCCUGACUGCCACGUCCUGGAGCUGGAGGUGCCAGGGGCUCCAGGUGUGGAGAGCAACGCGUCUGAACCUGCUGGCCCGAACGCUCCCUCCACAGUCCCUGUCCUGGUGGGGAAGGAAGGGUUUGCAGCUGGGAAACACUACUGGGAGGUGGAGGUGGGCCGGCAGCAGGACUGGGUGCUGGGGGUGGUGAGGGAGAAAGGGAGGCAGGAGGAGGAAAGGACCCUUCCUGGGAAGCACUACUGGGCUCUGCACAGCUCCCAGGGAGAGAUUUUCUCUAGCGAAGGAGACCGCAGGAUUGAGAAGCAGCAGAUGAGUUCUUCAGUGAUUGGUGUGCUUCUGGACUUGGAGGAAGGGCAAGUGAACUUUUAUGAAGCAGAGCAGAUGGGUGUCAUGGUGAGAAUGCCUCUAAGGCUUGGAAAGGAACCUGCAGAAAUGUUUUACCCAUUUCUAUCCAAAAGGGAAGGGACACUCAGACCUCUUAUCCGCCCGGUCUUGAUUCCUCUUCCAUUAAAGCUUCUUUAA